AGAGCCGUGCGUAACGGCAGUGUGUGUUACUGUGGCGUGUGUGUGUGUGUGUGUGAAUGGCCUACUGCUGCAGCUACAACUCGUGGAGGCAAGAAUGACACCGGCGCUCCCCGGCACCAGCACUACCAGAUCGUAAGGGCGGAUUUGUUUCAUUUCUAGACAGGGAAAGGAGAGAGGCUUAACAAUGGCGCUGAUCGCUGCAUAUUUACGGACACGAUUAAUCGUGGCUGCUUUUUCAUUCAUGGCACUGUGGGGAUUUGCGCUCUCCAUCACUCGCUACUCCAUACCGGAGGAGAUGGAAGAGGGCUCCUUUGUUGCCAACCUGGCCACGGAUCUGGGUCUGGACGUCCGCAGCUUGGAGGAGCGCAACGCGAAGCUCGAUGUCAUUCACAGCAAAAAUUACCUAGACAUCAACAAAGACACGGGGGAGCUGCUGAUCCGGGAGAAGAUGGACCGGGAGAGCAUAUGCAUGACUAAAACCACCUCGUGCUUUCUGAAAAUGGAUGUCAUACUUUCGAACCCGGUUCGCAUUUUCAACAUCGAGCUGGAGAUCAUGGACAUCAACGACAACGCGCCCGUGUUUCGCCGGAAGACAAUGCACUUGGACAUUUCGGAGGCAACCCCUCCCGGUGAGAGAUUCUCAUUGACAAACGCCGUGGAUGCGGAUGUGGGGGCGAAUUCAAUCAAAACCUACUAUCUGAGCGAGAGCAAAUACUUCAACAUCGACAUACAGACGGGCAGCGACGGCUCCAAAUAUGUCGAUUUGGUGCUCAGCGGUAAUUUGGACCGAGAAACGCAGGCGGUUCAUAAUUUGAUUCUGACCGCUGUGGAUGGAGGGGUGCCUCCCCGCUCCGGAACAGCCAGCAUCAUUAUUAAUGUCUUGGAUAUCAAUGACAACGCCCCCAAGUUCAGUCAGCCGGCGUUUGCAGUCAAUGUCUCGGAGAACUCAGCGGUAGGCACAGUGGUUCUGACCUUAAACGCAACAGACUUGGAUGAGGGCACAAACGCCCAGUUAGUUUACUCAUACACGCUUUACACUUCAGAGAAGACGCAGGAGCUGUUCUCGCUCGAUGCAAACACGGGGGAGAUCAAGGUGAAAGGGGUGAUCGAUUAUGAGGAUAUUCAAAGUUUUGAGAUGUUCAUACAGGCUCAGGACAGAGGCGCAAACUCCCUGUCGGGGCAAUGCAAAGUCAUGGUGUUCAUCACAGAUCUGAAUGAUAACUACCCAGAGGUGACCAUCAAGUCUGUGAAGAGCUCUCUGAGUGAGGACGUCUCCGUGGGGACGCUGAUCGCUGUGGUCAGCGUCAGCGACAGGGACUCCGGACCCAACGGGGAAGUGGAGCUCUCUUUGAACCAGCAAGCCAUCUUACCCUUCACCCUCAACAAAUCCUCAGAAGGCUACUUUGAACUGCUGGUGUCGAGACCGCUGGACCGGGAGAUGAUCAGCAAAUACGAGAUCAUACUGAGAGUGACAGAUAAAGGCUCACCACCGCUGUCUGAAAACGAGACCAUCACCUUGGAGAUCCUGGACGUCAACGACAACGCGCCCACGUUCUCCCAGUCCUUCUACACAAUCCACGUCAUGGAGAACAAUCUACCGGGCGCGUUGCUGACGUCGUUAAGUGCAUUUGACCCCGAUCUCAAUGAAAACCAGUACUUGGUUUAUUUCAUAAUGGAGAAAGAGAUUGUGAACACGUCGAUGUCGAUGCUUUUCUCCAUCAAUCCAGAAAACGGCGAUCUCUACGCUCUGAAGACCUUUGAUUAUGAGCGAGAGAGGGAGUUCCUCUUUCACAUCGAAGCCAGAGACUCCGGCGUUCCCCCGCUGAGCAGCAACGUGACUGUUCACAUCGUCAUUCAGGACCAAAACGACAACACUCCUCUCAUCGUGUCGCCUUGGCGAGCGCAGGGCUCCGUGGUGGAGGAGGUGAUACCGAGGUCGACGGAGAAGGGCCACCUGGUGGCGAAGGUCAUCGCUAUCGACGCCGACUCUGAGCAGAACGCCAGAGUCACAUAUCAGCUCCUGCAGAUCACCGACGCUUCCCUCUUCAGCCUGGAUCAAUACAACGGAGAGAUCCGGACAACAAGGAUGUUCAGCUACAGAGACCCGAGACAACAGAGGCUGGUCAUCGUCGCCAAAGACAACGGCGACCCCGCUCUCUCUGCCACUGUCACCGUCAAGAUAUCGACGGUGGAGCACGCCGUGUCCUUUUCAGAGACGACCGAGUUACCGCUAGAGUAUGACGUCUUCUCAGACCUGAACCUGUACCUCGUGAUCGGUUUAGGAGCCGUGUCCUUCCUCCUCCUGAUAACCAUCUUGGUUAUAAUCGUCCUCAAGUGUCAGAAGCCGAAGCCAAAGGCCCUCAAGAUCCCGCCGGCUAACAGGAACAGCGUGAUCAGCAGAAACAGCGUGAUAAGCCAGAGAAGCUCCACCAUCGCAGACUCCACCCUGAUCUCCAGCGAUGCCUACUGGUACAGCUUGUUCCUCGCAGAGACCAGGAAGGGCAAAGUGGUCGUGAGACAGCCCAUCAUUCCCAAAGGCGCUGGGUAUUUUGUAUCCAGUAUACCCAGGAGUAUAGGGCCGAGCGAGACCACAGACUCCAGAGCGUCAACACUGGAGUACUCAAAAUGAAAGGAAGUCCAUUCUACAACUGGAGCAGGGGCCCAGAAGAGAACUGCCAUGAUAUAAUCAUCUCUUCAUGGGAGUUUCCGCCUGAGAUUCUUCCCGGUGACUCACAAAGAAGACGUAAAAGAGCUGUCCGCCCUCAUAGUCCCCCUGCUCCAACUCUGCUUUCUCUUCGGCUCCUCCAGCCCACACAACACAAGACGCCGAUCACCUCAGCUUCCGAACUUCCUUUGUUCUUUUAAGCAUGAAUCUGCAUGAUUCUACAAUGCGUCCCAAAGCCAUUUGGGCCACAAAUAAGAGUAUUUCUAGCAGGAUAGCAGGACAUUACUAAAGAGGCCUCAUGUAGUCGAAUCAUCCCCUCCUUAAUGCUUUCAAACUUGUCAUUGGACAAAUUCUGCCUUUUUCUCCAAGGUUUAUGCUGUGUGCUGUAGUUCUAGAAAUCAUCACUAGUAGUCAAUAUACUGAAGUCGCUAUCAUGCAAGCAGGGGUGGAAUCAGAAAACUCUUUGAGGGAGAUACCAAUUCUUCAACUUGGGAGGCGGGGCACCUUUAAAUGCGGAAACUUCAACUCUAGUUUGAUAUUGAAACUACCAAAGGCUCAUUUAUGCUUGCAAAAAACGAGAUGCGUGCUCUUAAAAAUGGUGCAAGUAUCAGUGCUUUUAUCCUUCCAUGAGUCCAAUGCAUUCCAAUAAGCAUUUGGAAAUCAAAGAUCAGCAUCUGGAACAAUUCAUUAACAAUAACAGGAAGUAGCACUGAUGUCAAUAUUGAGAAAGAGGCAAAGUCAAAGGUUUUGUUCGUCUAUGAUGAAGUUAAACACCUGUUUCCUGUUUGAUAUUCACAUCUGAUCUCACAACGUCCCCCGAUGGCGAACAGUGGUACUGCCCACAUUCGUAAAACUCAAGAAGACAAAUAAAAAUACAGAUGUAAUAACUUACAAUAACCUAACAAGACUUAAGAUGGACAGAAGCAGAUGGACGACUGGUGACCGAUAAGACUGCAAAAGGGGGGAGGUGCCCCGCUGUGCCCCCGUUGAACCUCCGCCCCUGCAUGUAUGAUCUGUUCUCAAGCUGUAUGAAACAUGCCUAAUCAUAACUACGCACAUGAAUCAGGGUGAAUUAGCUUCUUCCAUAAAUCUGAUAAAUACAUAACUUUAGCCGGUUAUGUCACUGAUUCAGGCUUUGCACUUGGUGAUUUUCUUUUUCUUUUCUUUUUUUUUAUAUAAACGUUUUUAUUGUACAAUGAGUCUUUCUGUUAAGUGAGACUAUCAAUUAGUAACUUUAAGAUUUAAAAAAAAUCUUUUUUUACAGUGUUUGUUGUGCUCAACAAGUUCAGAAUGUGUGAAAAUAACCAAAAAAAAAAAAAGAAGAAAAAAAAAGAAUGAAAGAAAAGUGUAAAAAUAAUUAGUUAUUCAUGGUUUCUCUUCUUCUUUGAUUGUAGAUAUUGUAGUUCUAUAGAAACGAUAAUGAGGCCAGAGAAGCGGAAAGUCAUUAACAUCGGAUGUGUUAUUCACACCUUAUCUGACUGGGGGAGACGUGAAUUACACUGCAAUACUGAGAUUACCCAUCAUGCUAAGAAGCUUCUGUACACUGUUUUCAGCCCGGCUCCUCUUGUCAGGGGUGAGCGAGUGAGCGAGGGACAUGGGGAAGGGAGGGGGGGGGGGGCGUCACCAGACCUACUUUUUACUCAGAUGUAAUCAAAAAUUGGAGCGAAGCCAGAGCAGGGAGCUCGCAAAACAUUCAAACACAAUGAACUGUCUUUUUCAAAACAGGCUCAAUUUAGCUUUCUUUGUAGGAGGAUUCGCUCUUGACUGGUUUUCCAUUUUAUUUCCUAAAACUGGUAAUUCAGGCACUGCACAUGGUGCAAAAUCAUCUUUAAAACGAUAACAAUUACAUAUAAAAAAUUGAGAAAUAAAUAUUUUGUAAGGAUAAAUGCUCUGUUUAUUGAAAAAAAAAAAGAAUAUUACAAAAUGUAUUUAUCUUUACAAGGGUACAAGGGGGGUAUAAGGUCCAGGCAAGGUGUUGUUUUAUGAAUAUUCAUGUUUUUAUAAAUAUUUUAUGUAUUAACUUUUAAUGCUGCUUUGUGUGAGCUUCUUCAAGGGCAUUUUGUGUUGCAUAUUUGUAGUUUAGUGCAUAUGAUGUUGUUUUGAUAGUGUACUGGAAAAAAAAAAAUCCAAUAAUAAAAAAAAUAAACUUUUCUUGACCUCAAAGGUAGCGCUGUUGCACUACUGUAAAGCCCAGGACUUUAAUUUCUCAGAAACAAGGAGCUUAUUAAGACCAUUCAUUAGGGUGCUAAGUGAGAGAAUAUAAUUGCAUGAGGCAAGAGGAUUGGAUUAUGAGAAGAAGAGCAUAGUGGUAAUUAUAGUUACAGUAUUGUAGUGCUGACUCUGCUAGUACAAGAAAAAAA